AUGAGACAAUUCUGCUAUCUGGUUCUGUGGGCCUGCUGCUCACCAGCAGCUGUAUUAAGCCUGAAUGAGCCUGUGCACGUUCUCAGCACCCCAGCAUACACUCUUCUGACACAAGGGCCUGACGCCACCAUCAGGAACCAGGUCGACAGUGUUGGGGACAGUACUCCUUUGCCUCCCACCUGGGACUCCAGCGGGCACACAGCAGAUUUCUUUGCAGACUGGAUGCAGACUGUGGCCCAGAACAAAACGGACCGCUGGGUGUGCGGGGAGCGGCUGCCCUUCUCCUCGGCAGGCCCACCAUGGCGCACCCCAGUGGAUAAGGUGGGGACUUGGAGACACUCCUACGAAAAGUCUGACGGCAAUCUGGUGACCCGACUUCUUAGCUGUGGAAGUGUGGCUGAGCAGUGGUCUCAGUUCCUCUACCGAGUGCUCCUUGAUGAGCAUGAUUUUUCCAAGUGGGGGAAGCAGGUGCUGCUGGUAGAAGACCCUCAUAAGCAAAUGUCUAGAAGCCACAAGGCAUGGCAUUCAACAAAAGCAGGCCUGGUGCACUGGCUCAUGCCAAGAGCAGAUGAUGGGGGCCAGGUGACAGAGAAACUAUCUGGGUUAGGUUGGCCUUGUCAUUUGCCGCCACCCCAGAGGGAUCUGCAGAGCUCGGCUGCUCGAACCUCCCGCUGUCCACAGGUGGCUCACAUUCGAUCCCACAAUUUGUUUUCUCCUCCUCAAGGGUGCAGCAAAACCGUCCAGACUGGACAGCGGCUGCAGAGCUCCCAGAAAUUAGAUACUUUACUGAAAACAUCGCCGAAUUCUUCCAGAAGGAAGUUGAUCCUGCGGACUGACAGUGAAGCCUGGCAAAGAUUUGUGGCUGUGGCUGGAUUGCCCAGAGAUGAAGCAGAUGCUCUCUAUGAAGCUCUGAAGACACUUACAACACAUGAGGAUAUUGACGACAAAGACAAGAGGCAAAAAGACCGGCAGUUUAGAGAGUGGUUUUUGAAAAAUUUUCCUCGACUCCGAAGGGAUAUUCAGGAGUCCAUAAGGGAGAUUUAUGCCCUUGCAGAUAGGAUUGCAAAGGUCCACAGAGACUCCACCAUCUCCAAUGUGGUGUCCUCCACCACUGGCACUGCCUCUGGCAUCAUGUCUAUUCUCGGCCUUGUUUUGGCACCAUUUACAGGAGGGACGAGUCUGGCCCUCACUGCAGCUGGGGCAGGGCUGGGAACACUGUCUGUUGUGGCUAGGUUCAUCACCAACGCCGUGGAGCACUCACACACAUCAUCAGCACAAGCCGAAGCCAGCAGGCUGUCUGGGACCAGCAUUGACAAACUGAAAGAAUUUAGUGAACUUAUGCAUGAAAUGACACCCAACUCGCGUUCCCGCGUUACUGAUUUUUAUAUAGCCACAGAAGUCAUUGGGGAGCAGGUCCGUGCCAUGAGGGGAGCCAGAGCCGGUGCCCAACACCCUAGGCAAACCUCAGCUCAAAAUAGUGCUGAUUUAGUCUUAACAAGUGGACCCACCAACUGGCUGGCAGGCAGAGGAGGCCGGAGUAAUACAGCCUCUACAGGCAUCCUGCUCGUGCUGGAGGUGGUCAACCUUGUGUACAAGUCAAAGCACUUGCUUGAGGGGGCAAAUUCACAGUCAGCGGAGCAGCUGAGGCAGCAGGCUCAGAUGCUAGAGGCAAAUCUAAAGGUGCUCUCUCAGCUCUAUCGGCAUCUGAACCUAUAAUGUAGUGGGGAACUCCAGAGCAGUGUGGCCACAAGGGGAGACGAGCUGAACACAGGCCAGGACAAAAUGCACACAUUUUAUUAGAGGGAUAAGGAGGGGGAGGCAAAGUCAAUGGAACUGAGUGUUAGGGACUUUGGCAUUUCUGUAGCUGAGCACAGCAGGGGAGCGGUUAAUGCAGAUGGCAAGUGUGCCAAAGAGAAGGCAGGAACGCCGGAGCCUGGAAUCAGGGAAAAGAGUGGACUGGAUAGUGUGGGGAAUGGGAAGAAACAGUUUGCUUUAGGCUAAAGAGUACAUGGGGGGAGGAAUAGAGGGGAGGCAUGCAGGAACAACCAAUGAGGAGGCCAGGAAGAGAAAGAGCCAAAAUGCAGACCUGCCCAUUCGUUCAAUGUUUUUCUAAGAAUGAAGCCUUUCCCUGGCAAUGGGCUCCCACCCUGUCUCUCCAGCAUCCACUCCCCCUUGUCCUUCCGGGGUGUGUCUCAGUUAGACAGGGCCUUCUUGGUGGUGGUUGUAGUGUGAUGGGUCCCCUUUUAGGUUAUUUAAGGGUGUAUGUCCCCUGCUUGAACCCUGAAAGCCAGGUAAUGAGCCAUGGCCAUGGUCCCCAGCUGAGGACCAGGUGCCUCUGAGAAUCUAAACAUCCUGGAGAACAUGAGAGACAACAAGAAAAAGUGGCUCAUACACGGUAGGCAAAGAGCGGGAAAGUCAACUGAAAAGCAGUUUGGAGACCGAAGGCGGAAUGGAUCUCUAGAGCCGUCCUGCUGAGCGCCCUGUGUGGACGUCCUAAUAAACUCACCUGCUGGCCAAGCUG